GAAUCAAGCGCAGCUAUAAAAACUUCCUUUAUCCCCUUGUUUCUCAGCCUACUCACGCCAAGCAGUUGAGUUGGUGAUGUAAGACUAACAUGCACACAAUCAGACUUGUCGCGGCGCUGGUGGCGGCCGCCCACGCAGCACGCCCCUUUCUUGAAGGACCGGACACGGGCCUUGACCGCAUCGUCGGAGAUCUCGCGGUCGGUGCUUUGCCCGACCUCACUGAGAUGGUCUCUCUACACGACUUCGACUGGGCAGCUCGAAAUUACUUACCUACUCUUAACUACACCUACUAUCGCCAGGCUGCCGGAGGCGAAGGUUCAUACCGCAACAACAUGGAGGUGUUCGCGAACUACCGCUUCAUUCCGAGACAGAUGCAGGACGUCACUGCAUUAAACUCUACCUUGCCUACUUCUAUUCUGGGUUACAACUUUAGUCUCCCUUUCUUCAUCGCACCUGCGUCUCGUGGGUUUUAUGGCCACCCAAAAGGUGAGGCUGGCCUUGUCGAGGCGGCUGGCCGGGAGGGUAUCCUAUAUUCUAGAUCUCAAUUCGCUUCACUCUCCAUAGAAGAGGUCCACGCACUCAAGAUGCCCGGCCAGGUUCUUUUUCAGCAGUUCUACCGCGCGCCAACUCUCGAAGAAGACCAAGCCAAUCUUGACGAAAUCGCUAAAGUGGGUGCGCUGGGAAUCAUGUUGACUGUCGACACACAGUCAUACGGCUCACGAAUAAGGGGUCUUCGUUAUGGCUUUGAUAUCACCGAGAACCGCGGUUACCGGAACGUAACUUGGGACUAUUACAAGACCCUCCGUAAUAUGACAAAACUCCCGAUCGUGCUCAAAGGUAUCACCAAUGUCCACGAGGCCCGAGAUGCCGUUGCUCACGGGGUACCGGCCAUCUACCUCUCCAACCAUGGGGGUCGCCAACUCGAGACAAGCCCAUCAGCUCUCGAGGUGGCCCACGAUAUCUACCUGCAAUCACCCGAGAUCUUCCAACAGAUCGAAGUAUACGCCGACGGUGGUGUUCGAUAUGGAUCUGAUAUUCUCAAGCUCUUAGCCUUUGGUGUUCGCGCUGUCGGCCUUGGUCGCCCUUUCAUGUUCGCCAACAUCUUCGGUGUCGAUGGCGUACAGCGCGCUAUCCAAUUGCUAAGGAAUGAGGUCUCUCGUGAUGCUUCUAAUUUGGGGCUUGCAGACCUGAAGGCACUCAACACUUCUUGGAUCCAAACGGUACAGAGUGCCUGGGUGGGAUUCACAUAGUUGGACAACUAUUGAGCAGAGGCACGGGAACUCACGUGUAAUAUGGGCCGCGCGCAUCACAAGGUUCGAUAUCUUAUCUUUCAAGAGAAGAAAAAGGACUAGGAUGAAGAUAUCUGACGAUCGGGCUGAAUUACUGGGGAUGCGCACGUCAUGAGAAUAAUAUAGAAUAUUUAUAACAGAGAUACAUUGACCAUA